CAUUGUUUACAAAAACAAAUACUGUGUGCAUAAAAGUCUCCACAACAGCAUUUAUUGGACAAAGGGGAAUUUUCAAAUUUUGAAACGGCAUUUCAAUCGCUUGUCAGACACUUGAAGGGCGUGCAAAGUGAAUUUGUUUUAUUAAAUUUUAAUACACACAUUUUAAGUUUAGCAGUUGUAAUUUUUUCGAUUUAAUUAAAUAAUAAUAUUAAGUAAACGGAAGUCACAAAUCGUGAGGUUUAUUAUUGUCUUGAUAAAAGUGCAUUGAGUGAGUUAAAGUAAGGAAUUACCUGUUGUCCUUUAUCUUCAUAAUAACCAGUUUUUUUGUGUUUACAUUAUUAUUAUUUGCUAUAUUGCUAGCUGUUUAAAAGCAAAAUGAGCAAACCAGAUCCUUCACGCAUAAAUUCUUACAAGUCCAGCAUUAGAAGUGCGACGGACUCUCGCAUGCGUCGCCAUGAAGUUACCGUGGAGUUGCGUAAAUCAAAGAAGGAGGAUCAACUUUUCAAGCGUCGUAACAUAAACGAAGAGGAUAUUGUUUCACCUCUAAAAGAAAAUAACGUUCAAUCACCAGUGCCAAUGUCAAUUGAUGAAAUGGUGGUUGCUAUGAAAAGCGAUGAUAUUGAACGUCAAUUUUUGGGCAUGCAAUCGGCACGUAAAAUGCUUAGUCGCGAGCGUAAUCCGCCUAUUGAUUUAAUGAUUGGACAUGGCAUUGUACCCAUUUGCAUACAAUUUUUGCAAAAGACCGAAAAUCCUUUGCUACAAUUUGAAGCAGCUUGGGCGCUAACCAACAUCGCCUCUGGCAAUUCAGACCAAACACGUUGUGUCAUCGAACAAAAUGCUGUGCCAUAUUUUGUUGCCUUGCUACGAUCUAAAUCGAUUAAUCUUGCCGAACAGGCUGUUUGGGCUUUGGGCAACAUUGCGGGUGAUGGUGCGGCUGCACGUGACAUAGUCAUACAUAAUAAUGUUGUGGAUGGUCUAUUGGGUUUGAUUAAUCAAGCGACGCCGCUUUCGUUCUUACGCAACAUUGUCUGGUUGAUGUCGAAUUUGUGUCGUAACAAAAAUCCAUCGCCACCAUUUGAUGAGAUCAAACGUUUGUUGCCCAUUAUAUCACAAUUGCUCCUAGGUAGUGAUGACCAAGUAUUAGCGGAUGCCUGCUGGGCUCUAUCCUAUGUAACGGAUGAUGAAAAUGUAAAAAUACAGGCUGUAGUUGAUACAGGUGCCGUUGAGCGUUUAGUAGCAUUACUUGGCACAGAUGAACCUUCGAUAAUUGUACCAGCACUACGAACCGUUGGAAAUAUCGUAACCGGUACUGAUACACAGACGGACGCAGUUAUUGCCGCCGGCGGUUUACAAGUACUCGGUGUCUUGUUGCAGAAUCCCAAGGGUAAUAUUGUAAAAGAGGCCGCCUGGACGAUUAGUAAUAUCACAGCCGGAAAUCAGAAGCAGAUUCAGGCUGUUAUCGAUUCUGGUGUUUUCGCUCAAAUUCGCAAUGUGUUGGAAAAGGGUGAUUUCAAAUCGCAAAAAGAAGCUGCUUGGGCUGUUACCAAUACCACAACCAGCGGCACACCUGAACAAAUUGUCGAUUUGAUUGAGAAAUAUCAAUUAUUGAAGCCAUUCUGUGAUUUACUCGACGCCAAGGAUCCGCGCACCAUUAAGGUUGUACUCACGGGACUCGCCAAUUUGUUUGUUUUGGCCGACCGAUUAGGCGGCACUGAGAAUUUGUGUUUGAUGAUCGAAGAGAUGGGCGGUUUGGAUAAGUUGGAGAAAUUGCAGGAGCAUGAAAAUGAGGAGAUUUACAAGAAGGCCUAUGCUAUGGUCGAUACAUAUUUCAAUAAUGAGGAUGAUGCUGAAAAUGAGUUGGCACCGCAGGAGGUGAAUGGUGCGCUCGAAUUCAAUGCGGGCCAGUCGAAGACUCCCGAAGGUGGUUUUACGUUUUAGUUGCGCAUGCCAUGUGCGGGGUGUGGGGAUGUGUGAGCAAGAUACGCUGGCAAAAUUAGAAUUAUUGAGUGUGUUUGUAUGUAUAGUACAUUAACUAUUGGCAUGCGUUGGCAUUUUUUUUCAUUUGUUUUGCUUAUGAUAAUACAUGCAAACAUACGAUAUUUUUCUAGUGUUUUCUGGCUCAAUGCUUUAAAAUAGUUUUAAUUUUUUUUUUCGGAACUCCUGUUUCCUAGUACCCACCUUUUAUACAAACCAUGUUCAUUCUGCAUGCGUCAAUGUUCUAAUGUACAUUUUAUAUUCAUUUUUAAUACACACACGCGUACAUACAUACACAUAUGCAUUAAUUUUAUUCCGUUGUUUUAAUUUCAAAUCACUUUUUACAUUUGUAAGCUCAAUUGAAGUUUGUAUGGAUAUCGCUAUACCUAUUAUUAUUAUUAUUAUUAUUACUUUUCAUACAAAUCCGUUGUCAUGCCAUCAAAAAUGGCCUAAUAGCCUAAGACUGCAUGGAAAUUAUUAUGGUUACUCAAAUGUAUUCUAUGAAAAAAAUAUUGAUGGAAUUCACUCAGAAAAACGAAUUUGUAAAAUCGCGUACAUAUACAUACAUAUAUACAUAUUUACAUAAAUAAUUAAACUUAAUAAAUAAUCUCGAAGUGAAAA